GCCAACACACACCACUCAAAAGUCUUUCUUACAAUCAAUCAUCGAUAAUCUUUUUCCCAUCCUUCAAUCCCCAAUUUGGCUUUCCACACGCACACCAACUCCCUCAAUUCCUUCCAAUCCAUUAUUUUCCCAUUUUUUGAUCCUUUCUCUGAUUCUAUUUCCCUCCCCAAUCCCUCAAUCUUCGCUGCCUUGUCUCGCAUUUCUUUUAUUCUUCAUCUCCUUACUUGUCGCCUCUUUUUCUUUCUUCUUUUUCUUCCUUUUUUUUUGAUCUUUUCUGGUUGCUGGUUUUAGUUUUCUACAAUAAUUCAGCGCAGCAGAGAAGUUCAAUCGGUUGCUCCUGCUCGGUUGUUUUAGGGUUUUGAUCAAUGAGGGAUCGACAGUUCGGGUGUUAGGGUUUCUGUAUGUUCGAGCAUGUAGUUCGGCGAAAGAAGGGGAUUUGUCGAUUUUCGAUUAAUCUAUUGUGUUUUUCUGCUGAUUUAUUGGAUUUGUUGAGGUUUCCGAAAUUCGUUGGGUUGUUUUUGGACUUAGUUAGCGUGCUUGUUGCUGCCUGGGUUUUGGGUUAAUUUUUCACCCCUAAUUAAGGUUGAGAUUUGCCGAUUUUUAUUUGUUUAUUUAUUUAUUGUUAGUUCUUGGGAGGGAGAUUAAGGGGUGGGUGAAUCUUGGAAUUUGAGUUUUGUUGAAUUGAAGUGAUUUCCAUGGACCGUACUGUGGGGGGAAAGUACAAGCUUGGGAGGAAAAUUGGGUCUGGUUCAUUUGGUGAACUCUUUCUAGGUGUGAACAUACAAAAUGGUGAAGAAGUGGCCAUUAAGCUGGAAUCUGUGAAGACCAAGCACCCCCAGCUUCACUACGAGUCAAAGAUCUAUUUGUUUCUACAAGGAGGAACUGGCAUUCCUCACCUGAAAUGGUAUGGAGUUGAAGGGGAAUAUAAUGUUAUGGUGAUAGACCUUCUGGGCCCAAGUCUCGAAGAUCUCUUUAAUUAUUGUAACCGGAAGUUCUCGUUAAAGACAGUCUUAAUGCUUGCAGAUCAACUGAUUAAUAGAGUUGAAUACAUGCACUCAAGAGGAUUUCUGCACCGAGACAUAAAGCCUGACAAUUUUUUGAUGGGCCUGGGACGCAAAGCGAAUCAGGUUUACAUCAUUGACUUUGGUCUGGCCAAAAAGUAUAGGGAUCUUCAGACUCACAAGCACAUCCCAUAUAGGGAAAACAAGAAUCUUACCGGCACUGCUCGUUAUGCUAGUUGCAACACACACCUUGGAGUUGAGCAAGGCAGAAGGGAUGAUUUGGAAUCUCUCGGCUAUGUGCUAAUGUAUUUUUUAAGAGGAAGCUUGCCCUGGCAAGGACUUAAAGCUGGCACGAAAAAGCAAAAAUAUGACAGGAUAUGUGAGCAGAAAAUGUUAACGCCUAUAGAGGUUCUAUGCAAGUCAUAUCCAUCAGAGUUCAUAUCUUACUUUCGCUACACUCGAGCUUUAAGAUUUGAGGACAAGCCUGAUUAUUCUUAUUUAAAAAGGCUUUUCCGGGACUUGUUUAUUCGUCAAGGUUAUCAAUUUGACUAUGUUUUCGAUUGGACUAUAUUGAAGUAUCCACAGAUUGGUUCUAGUUCUAGACCGAGGAAUCCCUCCGGAAAUGCUGUUGCUGGGACCUCCGCUGAGAGACCGGGACGAAUAGCAGGGCACGACUCCCACGAUAGAUUCCCGGGUGCAAUCGAAGCUUUUUCUAGAAGAAACACCGCAACUUCUGGUCAGCACAACGAACAAUUUAAACACAGGACGUUAGAAGACCCUCCAUCGUCAUCCAAGGAUGUGCUGCCCGACUCAGAGAAGGGCCGCGCUUCUCGAAAUGGAGGCUCCUCAAAGCGCGCCGCCAUUUCGACCAGCCGACCGACCUCGUCCGGUGAGCCUUCCAAUGGACGUGCCGUCAGAUUGGUUUCGAGCACCGGCCGGUUCUCGACCGCCCAAAGAAGUCUACCCGGCGCCGACACUAAGCCUUCGCCUUUCUCUCGUACAGCAGGUAAAGGCACCCGUGAUGAUCCUCUGCGCACCUUCGAGUUCCUCUCGAUCAAGAAGUGACCACCACGAAUGAGAUCUUCCCGGCAACACCCGACGAUAUUUUUCAGUCAUGGUUUUGUGGAAAUCCACACGGUUUGUAUUGCAAAUGUGUAUGUAAUGGUAUGAUGUAUGCUAUGCUAUGCUAUGCUCUCAUCCAAGAUUUUGAUGAGCUGUUUGUGAUGUAGUUUUUCGAUUUUUAAUUUUUUUGUUGUUUCCCAACAAGACUGAGGCUUUUAGGUUUUUAAUAAAUGCCAAAUGUAUUCUGCCAUA